GUUAUUAUAUUAUCGUACGGCUGUGCUUUGUUGACUGCUGUGUUGCACAUAACAGAAAAGAUUUCGUUUAACACCUUUUAAGUAAAUUUUCGUGAAUAAUAAUAUCGACCAUGAAGUGCCUGAUCCCGGAGAUUUCAUGGCAUAAUCGCGAUCCAGUGUUGAGUGUCGAUAUUCAACCAAAACCAUUGGAAGGUGAUAAUAAAAUUCGAUUGGCAUCUGGUGGUUACGAUUCACAUGUUUUGAUUUGGUAUAUAGCUGACAAUGAUGAGGGAUUGCCGCAAUUGGAAUUGGCAUCCGAUUUGACACGACAUUUAAAACCUGUGAAUUGUGUCAGAUGGUCACCGUCUGGACAAUAUUUGGCAUCUGGCGAUGAUGAUUCCGCGAUUUUUAUAUGGAAGCUAAAGGGUGAAAAUGAACCGAGUCUUUUUGAUGAUAGCAGUGAACAAAACAAAGAAAUAUGGAACGUUUUUAAAACUUUACGCGGACAUUUGGAUGAUGUUCUUGAUAUGUCGUGGUCAUUGGACUCAGCAUUUUUAAUUUCGGGUGAAAUCGGUUGCACCGCAAUUGUAUGGGAUGUGAUGAAGGGAAAGAGCAAAUUUCAUUUAAACGAUCAUAAAAAUUUUGUUCAAGGCGUCACUUGGGAUCCAAAAGACAAAUCGGUUGCAACGAUUGCAUCUGAUCGUAUGUUACGUACAUUUGAUCCAAAAACGGGCAAAGUGCAACGCCGCAUCAACAAGGCGACAUAUCCAGUCUCUGAGACAUCGCCGUUGUAUAACAAGAAGAUUCGACUCUUCCAUGAUGAUACUCUUGCAACAUUUUAUCGACGAUUGUGCUACUCACCUGAUGGAAACUUACUGAUUGUGCCAUCUGGAUGUACGGACAUAAUAACGUCAAGUAACGAAACAGCCGCACAAACCGAAGUCAAGGAUGAAAUCACUGACGAGACAGCAGUAAAUGAGUCAAAAGAUGAAAUCGCUGAAAAAACUGACAAACUUGAGAAGCCAGAGAAAUUGGAUAAACCAAGUAAAUUACAGAAUACAACAUACAUUUUUACACGGUAUUCAAAAGAACCAGCCGUUGUCAUUCCAUCUGCUGACCAUUUUACAAUAGCAGUUCGAUGCUGUCCAGUCAUAUUUAAAUUACGUCCACACAAUGAAAACACUGCACCAAUGAUUGAUUUACCCUACCGAAUGGUUUUCGCAGUUGCUUCAAAGACUUCAGUCUAUCUGUAUGAUACGCAACAGAAAAUGCCAUUCGGAUCCAUUUCGAAUAUACAUUAUUCUCGUUUGACCGAUGUCACAUGGUCGAGUGAUGGAAAAAUUAUGAUUGCAUCAAGUUUUGAUGGUUUUUGUACGUUGAUAUCGUUUGAAGAUGGUGAACUUGGCGAAAUAUACGAUCAACCCAUCAAUUUGAUCGAUGUCGAUGAAAAAGAAAAUCAACCGAAAAAAAAGCGCACCAGCAACGACGGAAAAAAUAAAUCGCCACCAAAAGAACAAAAGGCCACCGGAACUCCAACUUCAAAGCCGAUGGCAUCAUUAACAACGGAUUGUAAUGAACAAUUGGUGAUGGUGGCAAAGCCGAAGAUUGAAAUUCCAGAGACGAUAAUUGCAUCGGUUGAUACAUUCGAAUCGCCUGAAUUGAAAGAGAAACCAGCCACACCAAUUGCCAUUCGUCGAGCACCUCGAACAAAUCCAUCGACACCGUCAUCAUCGAGUGCAACGCCAAAUAGCGCCAAGAAGCCAAAUUUGAUUGAAGUUCGACGUCAACCGAGAAACAUUCUACCAUCACCAGUUGUGGUGGCAAAAACGGCGAAUGAUCAAGAUGAAGCAUUAGACGCUUGGCCAAUUCCAAUUGAUUCAGUUAAAACUGUUGAAGUGGCUGCUAUCGCAUCAAAAGCAAAUCCACAGAAGAUGGAUGAUGAGCCAAUCGUAAUUGAAGAUGAAGAUGAAAAUAUGCGCUUGGUUUAUGAAGGUGAUAGUGAACUGACGCUGCUCAAAUCAGAACCAACCGGUGACACCAAAGCAACGGGAAACAAUACUUUUGGUGAUGCACUGAAAUCGGAAUCAUCGUCCAAUGAACUGAACGGCACACCAGAUAGAAAAAAUCCAAAAACACCACGACGCGUUCAAUUACGAACAAUUUCCACACCGAAAUCGAAAUCAAAAAAGAAACUUUAAUUUAUCUGACUACAUAAAAAAAAUUAUUGCCACGCAAAUUGAUGGAAAUAGAUUCGAAUCAUCUUUAGUUCAACGCUGGACCAUCAGACAUUUUGAAUCAAUCACACAAUUACACAAAAUACAAACACAUUCGUAUUUGCCUUUUUC